GAGAACGCAGGGGGAGGAGAGAGGGAGGGAGAGAAUGAGAAUGUUGUCGAAGGAAAUCAUGGAAUAUCCACUCGAGAGAGAGAAGAAAAGCAGAUUUCAAUUCAAAGCUAUAGUAGUGGUAUUUCCACUUUACUUUCCUCGAACGAACCCAAUUCCCCUUCACUUUACUUUUGUUUGCGCUUCGUUUGCAGUUCGUAUCAUCAUCAUCAUCAUCAUCAUCAUCAUCAUCAUCAUCAUCAUCAUAUAUAUAUAUAUAUAUAUCUGCUGAGCUUGUGUUCCCAUCAACAACCCAUCUGCGGAAUAAGAAUUCUCUCAUCUCAUCUUCCCCACCGCCAUGAAAGAUUCACUGGCUAGUGGGACAUUGGUCAGAGCCGGAGGGUUGAUGUUCAAAGUUUUCCCAAAAGAUUAGGAAGAAGAAAGAACUUCUGCUGAAAUCUUUGGUCUACCGCCUUGCGAGCGACACUCACUUCUAAGAGUCAUGAGAUUACGCCUGUUUAAUUAUACCAGUUUAAUACGACUUGCUAGUAUCUUAAACUGUUAAUCUUGAUGUGUAAUUGCAGCAUACCGUGCCUUCUUGCUGCUAGGUUCUCGUUGUGAAUUUUACCUUCUUGAUUAUUCUAGUAAAUAAGCUAGGGUUUUCUCUCUAUGUGCUUUGUACUAGCUAGUUAUUUUGGGUUACUUGAUUCAACUGAUACAUUUGUAUUGCCAAUUAUUGAAUGAGGCCUGUGUAUGGUGUUGCUAUUCCUGUUUCCUGAAAACUUGGCUUUUUCAAGAAUUAUAUAAUUUGGAUCAAUGGAGCAGCUGGCCCUUUGUGACUGGAAGGUCACUGAUUAGGAGUUGAGGAAGCAACCUCUUUGCAAAAAAAAUGCAAGGGGAAGCCUGCUUGCAAAUAUGACCCUCACAAAGUAGAAAGUUUCAUGCACUAGGGGUACCCUUUUUAGAUCCCAUAAUUAUUUCUUAACCAUUGCUUAUAGAGUAUUUGCUUGUUGGUGACUGGUGCUUUACUUUGUACUAGGUCAUGUGCCAGCAGGUUUUUAUCUUCUAUUUAUGGUGCAGGUAGAUUGUUUGGAUAUGUUAUGUUCAUACUUGGAUGUGACAAUUAAGAUAUACCUGUGGAUAUAGAUGACAGCCAUUCUAAUAUUGGAUUUUUAAUCCAUUUUGUAUGGAUGCACUUGCCAGGGACUUCCCUGAUGUUCUUCUUCAGAGUCUAAUGCUUGAGUCUGUCGAUAUAGCUGUUACAAAUAAUCUUGCCUUACUCCCAAGUCUAAUGCUUGAAUGGGCUACCUGGUUCGUGUUACAAUUGACACAUCAUCGCUUGUGAUGUCUAUACCUCUCACUCCCAGGAUUAUCAAACACAUGCUCACUACUAUAUAGAGGGCAAAUCCAUAGACAACUCACACAUGUGGGAAGUAUAAAAUCAGUAUCUUGUUAAAUGUCAGCAUAUGUAAAGGUUCCACACUAAUUCCAUAGCAUUUUCAGAAAAUAUAUCCAAAAAAGAAAGAAAAGUUUUGCUUAUAGAUAUGCAAUAAGUGCAAAAGAUAGAAGCUUAAUGGGUAUACAAGCCUAUGUACCUAGUCGACUAUAUGUCUGUAUUGGAAAACAAGGUCUUGAAGACUCAAAGUACAGGUAUUAAGUACAAAUCUAUAUAACAACUUAGACGGCAUACUGUGCUCUGGGAUCUUCUCAAUUUCCUUUUUGUCUUUGUUUUUUUCUGGAGUUCCAAUGCACCUACACUUGGUUGACAAGAUUAAGAUGGUACCCGUGAUUGCACAAGUUGAAUAUUCUGCUUCUGUUUACCCAAAACGUGCACUCUGCUUCUUCCAACAAUGAUUUUGGUGCGACUAAGUGGCCUUUUUGGCUCAAAAUGGUUCAUGUAGAAGGCUGAGUUGUUACAGCUAAUCAGAAAACUAUAGGAUCUAGUCCUAUGAUGGUUGUCUAGUACUCUUAGGUGUUCUGGUGUAAUCACUAGUCACUUCUACCUCUAGCUUCAUGUAUUUGGCUUUAUUUGGCUGCUGAACCACUAUUGUCUUCUUUGCUGCCAUGGUUCACUGCAACAUACAAACUAGCAGGCAUCUAACCUUUCUCCUUAAUGUACCACUAUAACUGUCUGUACUCUUCCAGCCCAUGCAGUUGCAGUUUCACAACCACACUCGCAAUGCAUCCCUAAAUCCUUUGUGUUUUGUAUAAUGGAAUGACACUUCUGAAGAUUCUUCUUAGUAUCUCUAGAUUGUGUUGCUGAGUGUGACCCAUGACCUUUUCAAAUAAUGUAUUGGGACUUUUGGUUACUGACAUUGUAAGUAGAGAAAAAAUUGACUGCAUUAUGCCUGCUAACCUCAAUUCAGAUUCUGGAGAAUUGUUUCAUGCAGUGGCUGACAACUUGAAAGUCCAUUUGAGUCAUGCCUCUCUCUGAAGUCACUGUCCAACAAAGUAGGAGGCAUGCUUGGCUGUCAUAAUCUGCCAAACAAUUAUAAGAGGUUAGACGCAAAACUGGAAAGGAAAAUGAUGGAAGUCAAGAAAAGUACAUCAGGAACUAACAGUUUCAAGUCAAUCAAUGGCAUAAUCUUGAGGUUCCCCCAGAUCAAAGAGGGAUUGAAAGACAUCAGAGGUGUAUUUCAACAGUAUGAUGAAGAUUCAAAUGGAACAAUUGACCAUGAGGAACUCAAGAAAUGCUUAAAGAAAUUGCAACUUCAUCUUACAGAGAAGGAGAUUGAUGAUCUAUUUUAUUACUGUGACGUAGAUGGCAGUGCAGGGAUACAAUUUAAGGAGUUUAUUGUUCUUUUGUGUCUGAUAUAUCUCCUAAUGGAUCAUUUGCACUCUCCUCACACUACAUCAAGACUAGGAUCUCCACAGGUGGAAGCCACCUUUGAUACGAUCAUUGAAGCUUUUUUGUUCCUUGAUAAAAAUGGUGAUGGGAAGCUGAAUAAGAAAGACAUGAUCGAAGCACUAAAUGAUGGUACUCCUUGGGAGAAAUCACCUACACACAUCACAAGGAACCGAUUUAAAGAAAUGGACUGGGACAGGAAUGGGAAGGUAAGCUUCAGGGAGUUCCUUUUUUCUUUGAUAGAUUGGGUAGGGAUCGAUACCGAUGAUGAGAAUCCUGUGACAGCAUGUUUGGCUUGAAAGCAGAGCUGUACUAAGAAAGGGCAAGAAAGAAUUUAGUUGAGGUCAGAUUUAUACACGUAUUUGUCUGUCUACGUCAAUUACUAUUAGCUGUUGCUUUUCUGUAAAAUUCUGAACGUGACUCUUCUAGAUUACUGUUAAAAACAGAUCAACUUUUAUCAAUCAAAAUCUGAAUUUACAAAUUC